AUGGCAAGGAAUAGAACUUGUACUUAUUGUGUUGGUUGCGUGAAGGUUAGUCGGAUAAUCACAUUUUCCAAAAUCUAAUAAAAUUCUGUUUUUUUUUUUCAGAUUUCAUCUUCAUCAGCACCUUCACCAACUUUUACUGCCAGUUUUGGCAUCGACAAGAAUGAGGGAUCGAAAAAGUCGGAUGGAAAGUCGGGAAAGAAGGAUGAAAAGUCAGAAAAGAAAGCGAAAAAGGAUGAGAAAUCGAAAAAGAUGGAAAGAGAAAAAGCAAAAAGCGUGUUGGAUCUUUGGAUAAAGAUGGAUUGUUGA